AUGCCAAUUCGGCAAGACUCAAGUGUUCAUGCCCUCGGUCUAUGCGUGACAGCGUUCAGGGAGGCACAUGUGUAUGAUUCUAUCGAGGAUACAACGCCUGGGGCGUUUGUCUGGCUAUGUACAGCUGCCACUGCCAUCGGUGGAUCACUCUUCGGUUACGACACGGGCGUCAUCUCUGGCGUGUUGGUCGUUUUGGGCACCGAUUUGGACAACAAAGCCCUUAACGAUACGGAUAAAGAACUUAUCACCACCCUUGCAGCCGCUGGAGCCUUCUGCGGAGCCAUCGUCGCAGGUGUCACUGCCGACAAAUAUGGGAUUACAAAAGAAAGGGCCGGUUCUUACCCCCUGGCCUCUUUCGCUCAGGGUUUAUUUAUCAAUGGCUAUCGCCGGUGUUUGUGGGGUGAUUGGACAGGUGCAUUUGCGCUACGUUCUCGAAUCACCCGAUGUCGAACUCGUGGCAUUGAUGUGAGCGAGAACGGCACUACACUAAUUUACAAACUUGACUCUGGGACUAGUGACGGUCAUCCCAAUACCGUAAAUGUAGCCAAAGAACACAAUGUUCCAUUCUUCGAGUCUGUCGAAGGUUUCUUAGGAGCCAGAGCGAUGGGGAAGGUGCUCGCAGACGGAAUCAUUCUAGCUACUCCGACCCCAACUCACGCUCCCCUCACCACGGCGCUAGUAGGUAGUGGGCUAGCUGUUUUGAUUGAGAAACCCGUGGCUGUAGAUGGCGUCGAGGGUAGAGCGCUUCUGAAAGCCUGUGCUGCCGAUAAAAAUGGCAUCUACAUGGUCGGUCAUCACCGAAGACAUUCUUCGGCUGCUGCCACAAUGAAGAAGGCCAUCGAUAGUGGCAAACUGGUAUGGGCGGCACGCAAGCCCGAUGCUUAUUUUGAGAUUCCAUGGCGGCGAAGUGCUGGUUCGGGUGGUGUCAUUCUCACCAACAUUAUCCAUGAGGUCGACCUUCUUCAAUAUUGGCUUGGUGAUACCGUAGAGAUCUACGCCAUGGAAGGUAUCAGGGAGAGACCGUACCCCAUUGAAUCGACAGUGUAA